AUGGAUUGUAAAAAUGGAUCUGUUGUGACUGAAUUUAUUCUAGUAGGGUUUUCUGGAGAUUGGAAUCUUCAGGUUUUCUGCUUUGUGACAUUUUCCUUGAUCUAUGGUGCUACUGUGGUGGGAAACAUUCUCAUUAUGGUAACAGUGACAGCUAAUUCCACCCUUCAUUCGUCCAUGUAUUUCCUUCUUGCAAACCUCUCCUUCUUGGAUAUGUGUCUUUCCACUACUACAACACCCAUGAUGAUCACAGACUUGCUUGCUGAACACAAGACCAUCUCUUUAUGGGGCUGCAUGGCCCAGAUGUUCUUCAUGCACUUCUUUGGGGGUGCUGAGAUGACGCUUUUGAUAGUCAUGGCCUUUGACAGAUAUGUGGCCAUAUGCAAGCCCCUGCACUACAGGACGAUCAUGAACCAAAAGUUGCUGAGUAGGUUUGUGGCUUUUUCCUGGCUAAUUGGCUUCAUACACACCAUGAGCCAGAUGGUAUUAACUGUGAACCUGCCUUACUAUGGCCACAAUGUUGUAGAUAACAUAUUUUGUGAUCUUCCCCUGGUUAUCAAGCUUGCUUGUAUUGAAACAUAUAUUCUGGAAUUAUUUGUCAUUGCUGACAGUGGGCUGCUCUCUUUCACCUGUUUUAUCUUCUUGCUUGUCUCCUACAGUGCCAUUCUAGCCACUGUAAAACACAAAUCACCGGGAAGUCUCUCCAAGGCUCUUUCCACAUUAUCUGCACACAUAAUUGUGGUCACCCUUUUCUUUGGACCCUGCAUCUUUAUCUAUGCCUGGCCGUUUGGUAGUUUUGCAAGCAAUAAAACACUUGCUGUAUUUUACACUGUUAUUACACCCUUACUAAAUCCUAUUAUUUACACUCUGAGAAAUCAGAAAAUGCAAAAGGCCAUGAGAAAAUCAUGGCUCCAGCAGAUUAGCUAA